AUGCGUCGUAAGUUGACAACGUUUCUUUUAGCCAUUGUGGCGACACUGUGGAUCUGCGCGCUUCAUACCGACGCCUUCGCGUUCGAUUUGCCAGCUAACAAACACCGCUGCUUUUCAGAGGAGGUCCCAAGCAGCACAGAGCUGCGCAUCUCGUACGCGGCACUGCCUGGGUACGCGCAGUUCGUGGAUGUCGUGAUUUCUGGCCCACAGGGGAAUGUAUUCUACACCGCCAAUGCACAAGACCGUGGCAACUUUCAUGAGUACAUAAGUGAGGGCGGUGACUUCACUGUAUGCUUCCACUCACGUCUGGCACAGGGUGCCAAGUUUGUUGAGGGAAUGAAACGCAGCAUUAGCGUGGAUAUAAAAAUAGGGAGUGAAAAGAAUGACUAUGCUGAGCUGGCAACGAAGGAGAAGCUGCGACCUAUCGAAGUUGAGCUGCGUGUGCUAGAGGACGCGGUGCACUCUAUCCACCUGGAAUACCUAUAUUACAAGGACAAGGAAGCAGAGAUGCGCAACACAAAUGAGGUCAUGACGUCAAAGGUAAUGUGGUUUACAGGCCUCCUCAUCACCGUCUUUGUUCUCUUCUCAGCAUGGGAGCUGCGGCACCUGAAGGCGUACUUUAAGAAGAAGCGGCUCAUUGACUGA